GGUAAUUCUUAUAUAUCUGAUCCCGAGCCAUAGAAAAUUCAAUGGAUGUUGAUGGUACGUCUACUACUCCUUCUUACCUGAAUGGUACGUUGAUGACCUGAUGCUGCAACAAACUGUAUGGGACUUAAGUGUUACAGUGGCUUCAGCAACUUUUGACAGUAUCGAAGCUUUCCAAACGGAGUUAUGAUGACAAAUUUUGGCCACCCUCUUUUGGAUUACUUUAAGAUAGACUAUCAAUGGUACUGUGAUUAUUUCUUCCACGAACUGCAUCAGCUGGAUCCAACGUCACAGAAUACCGGUUGAUGAAUGUACGAGUUUUUAGUGACAGAGACCAAUGUGUUGUUCAAGGUUCGUAGUAAAAUGUGUUCGUACCAUCGUCACUAUUCAGAGGUGUAGGAGAGAAAGAGGAGACCGAGGUGCGAGGGUUGGUGUUGCCCUUACCCCUCGACAUCUAUCCAACGCCACCACUGAGUACUAUGCGAAUUGCACACUGCUUCCGAGCCCUUAUUGCGGUGCUUGGUCUAGCCGCUGUGGUCAUUCCAGUAGCUUACGGCCAGUAUUUCAACGAGACACAGGACGUUCUUUAUGAUUAUUACCGCCACAAGAGGAAUGCUAGAAGACAGAAUAAAGGUCACAAUCACGUAGGAGGAUUACACAUAUAUGACGACGAUUUCCACAUGGCAAAGAAACUACACCCUCACACAAAAGUACACCAUCCACCUCCUGGAGAGUGCUGCCCUACGGUUUUGGAGAAAGUCGAACCAACUGGAGGUUCCAAUCAGGAUGGUAUAUAUGUCGAAUUGUACCAGGAUCAAAAUUACAAGCAAAGGUUUUACGACUUAUCUUGCCAUUCCGACGUCCUGAACAAGCCUUGCCAAUACAUUAACAGGACACAGCACGCUUCCAGGUGCGUGCAGCAGUACAGUUACUCGUACGCCCUAGUCAAGAACACGGACAGUAACCGAACCAAGCUGUUCCCGAUGUUUCCCGAUCACCAGCACGGUGGCGCCACCUACACCCUGGAUUAUAUCCGGAUCCGGAGUGGCUGUAGUUGUGAGGUCACGGCGAAGCGAAGAAGAAAGAAAAAGAACAAUAAUAAAGGCAAUACUUAACGGUUGUGGUGGGGGGAUUUGGAAUGGUAAAUCUCUCUUAUAGUAUACGGUGGUUGAAAACUUGUAUUAGGUAGGUCCAGAAACAACAGAUAGAUAUGUUAGAAAUGAGAUUAGGUCAAAUCGGAAAACGUUUAAAAUAUACAGAUUUUUGUCAAAUUAUAAUUUAUUUGUUUGCAACUGGCAGUUCAAUACAAGCAAAUCUUUACUAAUAUGCAAUCAGCAGGUAAAUUUGUGAAACUCAAAAUAAUAUCCUCUCCUCUGAAAUAGUCCAUUAAAAUGUUACAUUUUUUAAGCCAUACCUUGCUAGAGCAGUCAAUUUUAUUUCUUUAAUGUGUAAGGAGGAUCAGUAGAAGCUUAAGUUCAAGUUUUUGGGGUCGCCACCCUUGUCCCCCGGCCGCCAUCUUGGAAAUGGGGUGCAGAGGGGUUUCGCGCUAUAUCUCGUAAACUACCAACCCUACGGAAAAUAUAAUAAAACAUAAAAUGUAGCAAAUUAAAUUUUGUACAAUUUUGUUUCUAUUACUUUUUAUCGUCAAGUGACCAACAAAAAAGUUAUAAACAAAAAUAUGUAAAAAAUGUUUAACAAGUUUCCUUUUGGAGGUUCUAACUUUUUUUCAGUUCAUUUUAAAAUAAAAUAACAUUUUAGCAAUUUUGUAGACGAUUUUUCAGCGAACAAUUUCCACUAUAAAGUUGUUUAAUUCUAUUUAUUUAUAUAGGUUUUACAGCGCUCCAAACUUGACCAGAUUCUCGAAUGCUCAUAGGGAUACAACAAAAACAAAAGUUAGGCUUACUUUUCUAUCUAUAUAUAUUUUUUAUUCAUACAAUUUAUUAAAAUUUUAACAUUCUUAUGCUAUUAUUAAUCUGUUUUUGACCUUAUUCUCCCCACUAUAAAACUUAUAACCCUAAGCAUAUAUAGAAAAUGUCCAAGAAGUUGUCUGAAGACAAAUUCGCCGGUCCAGAAGAAGAAUGACGCAACCGCAAAAUGCAAAAUUAAAAAGAGCAAAAAAACGAUUUUUGAUAUCAAAAUCAUAAAGUAUGAUCAAAAUUAGCCAUUCUCCACGUUCUCAGCCUUGACGGUAACCCUUCUCUAUUUAAAGAUUUUCAUUUGUAAUGAGCUGUCAGUUGCAAACAAAUAGACUUUAGUUAUUUACUUUACUGAAUGUCUUGUGAUACACACCAUAUGCUAUAUUAGAGAUGUAUAUUUUCCACGUAUUACUACAGUAUUGAUGCCAAAGUGAUUAGAUAGUUCGUGAUUCGAGGACGUUCAGACUUCUAAAAAAUAUUCCAAGCAUUCCAUGUGUGUGUUCUUGGUGGAUAGUUAUCUUUUGAUUUAGGUACUUACAAUAUAUAAUGACAUUAUACUUCUAGUCUAAUAAACACAGUGAAAGCCGUAGGACUUUGUCCAAAUUGUGUAUUAUAUAUAGAGACAACGUGUUAAUGUAUACGGACUAGUUUACUGAAUGAUAUGUGUUCAAAGGACAUUUUUACUAAAUGAUGUGUGCACAAAAACCUGGAGAUUAUUGACAUACGCUAGUUUUCAGGGCGUAUUUUUUGGUAUGGGGUGUUCCAAAAAACACGCAAGAAAUACUUUUGAUAAAAAACAGGUUUUUAAUUAAACUGUUGAGUUAACCGCAAAAACGUUUCGCGUCACCAAAAAUUAUGCCAAUUUUGAUAGUUGAUUUUCUCGUGAACAGAUUAACAAAUUUCGCUAUUUUUUUUAUUAUUUUUAAUUUUUUCUUUGGUAUUUACACUAUUUGGUAAAGGUUUACUCAAACUUCUCUUUUGGGCUUAUAUCCGAUGGAAGAAAGAAAACGUUUUUCUUAUGUUAAGUUUGAGACACCCUGUAGGGAUGGCAAGGUGCAAGAGUGGAUAUAGAUUAAAUUGAUAUUGUAGUCUCAUGUUUUGUAAACAUUUUGUUUUUUAUUUUGCCUGAUAUCUUAAAAACAAUGAAAAUAGACGGUAUAUUCUAUUUUAACAUGUGUUUCAACUGAAACAAUACUAAAUUAACAAUAAAAAAUAUCAACUCAAUAGUCUCCCAUUUUAUACCGCUAACGCGGCUUUGGAAUUAUAGCAGGGUAGUCUGCUAUAUGUAGGGCCUAUGGUAUAUAAGGAAGGUAACAGGGUCAGUGCUACUGUGGACUAUUUGAUUUUGGCCUACCAAGGUUGCAGAUAUCAAUAACUAUAGUUCUUAUAUCUUGCAGAGAAGCAGGAAGGGCCUGAGGAAGUCUUAAUUCUACCGUUAAUAUCCGAUAAGUGUUCAAUAGGGCCCAUCCCAGGCAACCAAAGUGACGUCAAUAACGUCGAGGAAACGUCAGCUUUUGGCUGAAUAUAUGCACGUGUUUGAACAUUACGUCGUAUAAACGUCUUUUGUAAGUGAUUUUAAAUACGUAAGAUUAAUGACGUUAAAAUGCGUUUAAAAAUACGUUUGCAUUUCAGACAGUCCAAGUCUGACGUCACAAAAAUGGGAGGAGCUUAACGGGUAAAUGCUUAUAAUGUUAAUGUUGUAUAUUGACGUUUAUAAGCUUAAUUGUCAUAAGAAAUUUUUCAUUUAUUGUUUACGUGCUUUGUGUGGUAAAAAAGGACUUUUCAUUUAGAUAUUUAGUUGAAGAAACGUGUUAAUUAAGCAGUGGCGACGCGUGACUUUUUCUAAAGUGUUACCAAAACCAGAUGCAAAAAAUCUUAUCUUAAAAAAUGAAGAUAUGGCUAAAUGUAUAUAUAGCUUCAAUAAUAUAAUUUGUUAUAUCACUUGAAACUCUCGAAAAAACAGUUGAUGUUUCUAGAUGUUGGCAAAACUUUUGAUCUUUUUUGGCAAUUAAUGUUAACAAUUCCCUGCAAUUGCCUCGAUUGUCAGAGUCGUCGCCCUCAAAAUGACUACAAAACGCUAAUUCUUGUUUGGCCAAAAAAACAUACGGUAUCCAUUAUAAGUGUGCUAAGGAUAUACCUAUCUAUUUUUUUUUAACAAAAUCAUUAUGUUUAGCAAUGUUUGCUUUAAAAGCUUGGUUAAGAGAACUUUCGAUUCUUGUUUUGCCAAACUGAAUCAAAUUGGGUACACAUCUUACAUGUAGGUAACGGAGAAAUUUCGUGUCUCCUUUUUAAAACUAUUUAAAUCGUGAACCUGGUCCACCCAUUUUUCUGUAGAAACCAGAAGACAUGGCCAACAAUACAGUCUAUUUUUCUUGCAACCACAUAACCAAGGAUUUUCACUGUACCAACUAAAUUUAAAAUGUCGGAACUACUUUUUUUGAUUCCUUUUUUAAAUUGUUUAAAAUGGGUCUUUCAUUUUCAAUAAUCUCAUUUUUUUUCUUUAAAAUUAUACAAGGAGAAUUAGUUUUCAAGUAGUUGAUCGAUUACGCAGCGAUACUCAUCCAUGGUUAACUGCACGCACACUUUUUAUAGGUUCUGUAACCACAUUUAAAUCUGGUAAAAAUUUUAAAUCGUUCCUUCAAAAUUUUCAGACUAGCCGGUCCCGAGCGACAGCGACGAUAUAACCAUUGUAACCACAAAUGAAACUGGUAACAGAGUUGUUCUGAUGCUAUUUCCUUGUGGCAUUUUUAUAAUUACGUAUUUUUUAUGGGAAAUAAGCCACAAUGUUACUAAAAAAUUAAUUUAUUAACGUUUCGAAGCCCAAAUCGGGUUUCGUUGUCAAAAUACAAAAUACUAUUAAAAUAAAACAAACAUGUUGUUGCUAAGUAAAAAAAUUCUUCUAAUAAUUUAUUUAAUCUGACUCAUUUAUAUUGGCAAUUCAGACGUAUAUUAUACAUUUUAAAGUAGAAGACUUUAAAAUGAUAUCGCCAAUAUUUAUGAGUUGCGUUCCUGGACGGCUUUACUAAAAGAUAGUUCAUUCGAUUACAUGAAAUCAAUCCCAACUCAAGAAUAUCCGUCGCAAAAAAAUCAUAGCAUGUGAUCUGUCUUUAAAAAGACAACCAAAUGCAACAAUGACAGUAAAAUUCUCGCGUUAGAGAUUCCAUAGUAAAUCACGAGGGAAAAUCAGGAAAAAACCUCGUGAUACUAUCCCGACAUCGUAAGUAUUUGG